AUGGUGAGAGCUCCUCUUCGCUCUGAGAAUACGGCUUCUUUAAGGAAAGGGGCAUGGAGUCCUGAAGAAGAUCAAAGGUUGAAAGCUUACAUCAGGAGAUAUGGAAUUUGGAACUGGAAUGUCACCCCAAAAGCUGCUGGUUUGUUAAGGUCCGGGAAGAGUUGUAGACUUCGUUGGAUGAAUUAUUUAAGGCCGGACAUAAAGCACGGAAACUUUAGCAAGGAAGAAGAUGAAAUCAUAAUCAAACUGCAUGAAAUGCUGGGAAACAAAUGGUCAGCAAUUUCAGCGAAACUGAGUGGAAGAACUGAUAAUGAAAUUAAGAAUCACUGGCACUCCCACUUGAAGAAACGCGUAAAGAACAACCAAGACCUGAGGACUGACUCAACUACUGAAGUAGAAACAACCAAAUGUGAUGCCAAACUAAACAACCUAGCUGAAACCAAUCUUCCAUUUUCUAGUGUCACAGAAGCUUCAAAGCCAGAAGACAUUAUGAACAUCCCAGUUUCACCACUCUCGUCCACGGGUAGUUACUCCUCAUCCCACGCUGAUCCUGCUGUUCAAAUUGAUGCAUACAAUACCAUAGACGUGAUUGGUUCAUCAGAAACAUUCGAACAACUUUCAAGCUUUUGGGCACAACCAUUUUCGAUGGAAGAUUUGUACAUGGAAGGUCUCCAGGCGACAUAUGUUGAUCCGGAACAUGUAGUUCCAAUUUCUCAAGUAUCGUACCAAGAACACAUAAAUCCAUAUGACUUCUAUAAUGAUGUAUGCAGUGAUUUUUGGUUCAACCACCAAAUUUAA